AUGUUUAAACACGGGGACCCUCAAGCUAGUUGUGUUACGAAAUGGCAAGCAAUCAGCCUUAAAAAUAUGAUAAAUAUUCCGCAGAUUCUAGAAAUAUCUAGUAGAGAAUCCAUCUAUACAACAAUAAAUAUACCGAUAUGUCUGGAUAAAACACUUGAAGAGUUGAAGGUGGAUACGAGUCGCGCAGAGUGGAAAGGGCACAGGAGACAAGAGUCGAUGUACGCGAUGACGGGAUUGUACGCGGAGUCAGGGUGCGCGGAGGGCGACGCGGCGGGCCCGAGCGCGCCGCAGCCGCCGCGGGAGACUACCAAGUGCCACAGCAGAAACGCAUCUGCUUGUAUUUGCGACAGAGAUCGAGAGCGAGAGAGAGAGAAAGAAAAACCGCAUCAAUUGUUCCCAGAAAUAUUAGACAUUCCUCAUGACGCAAGAGACUGCGGCAUCCUCUCUUGGAGACCGCUUUUUAUCCAGAGAUUUUCUAGUAUUAAAGUGUUUGUAUUUUUCCUUUCGUUCCUAGUAACGCUUCAGCAAGCCUUAAGCUCAGGUUACAUAAAUUCUGUGAUCACAACAAUCGAAAAACGUUUCGAAAUACCCUCGAGCCUCUCGGGCCUUAUAGCGAGCAGCUACGAGAUCGGCAACGUUAUAACUGUAAUAUUUGUCUCAUACCUCGGAAGCAGGAGACAUAUUCCCGUAUGGAUAGCAGUUGGUGCCGUCAUAAUGGGCAUCGGGUCGUUGGUGUUUGUCGUGCCGCAUUUUAUAGCUGAGGCCAAUAGCGAAAUGUUAGCGAAUAAUAAGUCUGAUGAAAAUAUUUGCCGGCUGCCGGGUGCUCUGGAACAAGACUUGGGCGGCCUCGGCAGACUUUCCCAGGGCUUGCCACCUAGCAACCUCAGGCCGGAUAAUUGUAUUAAAAGCUCGCCCAGCACCUUCAUGCCUGUGAUGGUGUUCGUGGUGGCGCAACUGCUGCUCGGGUGCGGGGGCUCCCCGCUGCUCACGCUCGGCACCACGUACGUCGACGAUCAUGUCCGACCUGAGUCUUCUAGCAUGUAUAUUGGAUGUAUGUACAGCAUGGCUGCAUUUGGUCCAGUUCUUGGUUUCUUACUCGGUGCAUAUCUACUAAGAUUUCAUAUGGACUCCUUUUCUGGUGCUAUAAUAUCUAUAGAUCCUGGGGACCAUAAAUGGGUUGGGAUGUGGUGGGGUGGAUUUUUACUUUGUGGCCUUCUUCUCAUUUUGGUCGCUAUUCCAUUUUUCUCAUUCCCCAAAGUAUUGGUGCGUGAAAAAGAGAAAAUAAGGCUUGUUGAAAAAGCUGCCGCUGCGGCGGGGACCUCCACUUCUAAAACGCCUGCGAAACCACAAUCUGAUAUCAAAGACACCGGAUACGGAAAGGAUAUCAAAGAUAUUCCUGUCUCAAUGUGGCGUCUCCUCAAGAACCCAGUGUACGUGGUAACUUGCCUGGGGGCGUGUAUGGAGCUCAUGAUAGUGUCUGGCUUUGUGGUUUUCUUACCAAAAUAUCUUGAAACACAAUUCAGUCUUGGAAAGAGUCAAGCCAGCGUCUUCACUGGUUCGGUCGCGAUACCCGGCGCUUGUAUCGGUAUCUUCAUGGGCGGGUGUCUGCUCAAACGGCUGGAGCUCCGGCCGAAGGGUGCGGUGCAGUUCGUUCUGAUCUCCAACACCAUCUGCCUCUCGUGCUACGCACUACUGUUCUUCCUCGGAUGUGAUAACAUCAAAAUGGCUGGGACUACUAUUCCGUAUACUAAUAAUAGCAACCCCGAGCCGUUCAAAGUGAACCUGACGGCGGCGUGCAACUUCAACUGCCUGUGCACGGAGACGGACAUGGAGCCGGUGUGCGGCAACAACGGCCUCACGUACUUCUCGCCGUGCCACGCCGGCUGCGCCGCCUUCUCUUCGAGGUCCAACUUCACUAAUUGUGCCUGUGUACACGAGAACAGUCGCGACAUGGGCGUGGGCUUGGGCGUGGGGGUGGGGGUGGGGGUGGUGAGCGGCGCGUCGGCGUCGGCGCUGACGGCGGGCGCGGCGCGCGAGUACAGCGAGGUGACGGUGGUGCCGGUGGCCACGGCCGGCGCCUGCAACCCGCCCUGCACCACCAUCUUCCCGUUCCUAGUGCUGCUGUUCUUCAUGACAUUUGUGGUUGCGGUCACACAGAUGCCGCUGCUUAUGAUUGUGCUUCGAUCUGUGAGUGAAGAAGAGCGUUCAUUCGCAUUGGGAAUGCAAUUCGUUAUAUUCCGACUGUUCGGGUACAUCCCCGCGCCCAUCGUGUUCGGCAACCUCAUAGACUCCACCUGCAUACUGUGGAAGCAGUCCUGCAGCGGGGAGAAGGGGGGCCGCUGUCUGCUCUACGACAUCGAACAGUUCAGAUACAGAUAUGUCGGCCUCUGCGGUGGUAUAAAGAUCGUGGCUCUCGGUAUAUUCUUAGCGGACUGGUGGCUCGUACGGCGACGACGACAUCUUGAGACUUCGCCUCCUCUCGAUCCGCACAAGGACAUUGCGGGUUCGAUUAUCAGCCUCGAUAAAUUAUUCGAGGAGCUACCGUCAACGGACAACGCCAGCGGUUUCCGGUCGGGGCUGACGUCGGGGCCGAGCUCGGCGACCACCACGCCCCUGGAGCCCGCGCCCGCGCCCGACGCCGACGGCCGGGGCCGGCUGCAGCGCACCGACUCGCAGUACUCGCAGGACUCGCAGCGCACCGUCGGCAAGAACUCGCGCGUGCUCGUCGCCUCGCGACACCUGCGCAACGACUCCAAGACCAUACAGCUCGAGUCACGCUCCUCGCAUUCACACACACACUCACGGUCCCACUCCCGCGAUCUAAGCCUCGACCAGUUGAAGCAGCUCGCACUCAAAAGCAUGGAGAGCCUCGAUCUGACAGCUCUUCCGCUGCCCCUACCCAAGUGCGUGGACGAAGAGAGCAAGCGGCUGAUCGAGGGCGGCGUGCUGCGGCACCGGCGCACCAGCUCGAAGGACAUGAAGCCGCCCGAGAGCAAGCACAAGCGCACGUCGUCGCACCACAUCACGGUGGAACACGAGCUCAGCCUGCAACUGCAGAAGGGCCGCAGUGUGGACCAGCUCGCCGCCUCGCCCCUCGACCCGCGCGUC